AUGAAAGAUAACAAAAAAAAGGAAACCAAGCAAGAUGAGAAACUAAAUGAAGGAAAGAAAGAUAGAACAGAAAAAAAGAAAUCUAAAAAGACUUCAAAUCCAAAGAAAGCUAAAACAGUAUCGGCAAAAAAGUCUACCACCAUCAAAGGUACUUCACAAAAGCAAGUGAGCUGGUACUGUCAUGCCUGCGAAGAAGACAGAAUGGAUGAUGCAAUGAGACAAUGCUCGCAAUGCUUCAAGUGGUAUCAUGAACAGUGUGUCGGUUUGUCGAUGGAAGAUACUGAUGACUUUCAGUGUCCUGGUGGAUGCGAAUAG